ACCACCAUCUCCCUCAUUCCCGUCGCUCGCCAUGGCCUUCGCCUACCACAAUGAUCUCCUUGCUCCUUACCUCGCACUCCCCCAAGGCGAGAAAGUCCAAGCCGAGUAUGUUUGGAUCGAUGGCGAUGGUGGUCUUCGCUCGAAGACUACGACCGUGAGCAAGAAGGUCACCGACAUUGGCACUCUCCGUAUCUGGGACUUUGAUGGCUCUUCCACCAACCAAGCACCUGGUCAUGAUUCUGAUGUCUACCUUCGUCCAGCGGCCAUCUUUAAAGACCCCUUUCGUGGCGGCGACAAUAUCCUCGUUCUUGCCGAGACCUACAACAACGACGGAACUCCCAACAAAACAAACUUCCGUCAUCAUGCCAAGAAGGUCAUGGAUCAGGCAAAGGACACCCAACCUUGGUUCGGUCUAGAGCAGGAGUACACCCUCUUUGACCUCGAUGGUCACCCCUACGGAUGGCCCAAGGGUGGUUUCCCCGGGCCUCAGGGACCCUAUUACUGCGGUGCUGGCGCUGGAAAGGUCUUCGCCCGUGAUGUGAUUGAAGCCCACUAUCGCGCAUGCUUGUAUGCCGGUGUCAAUAUCAGUGGUAUUAAUGCCGAAGUCAUGCCGUCUCAGUGGGAGUUCCAGGUUGGUCCAUGCGAGGGUAUCUCCAUGGGCGAUCAUCUCUGGAUGGCUCGCUACCUCUUGGUGCGCAUUGCUGAGCAGUGGGGCAUCAAGGUUUCUUUCCACCCUAAGCCCCUUGCUGGUGACUGGAAUGGUGCUGGAUGUCACACCAACUACAGUACCAAGGCUAUGCGUGAACCCGGAGGAAUGCAGGCGAUUGAGACGGCGAUUGAGAAGCUUAGCAAGAAGCAUAAUGAGCACAUUGCUGUGUACGGAGAGGACAACGAGCUCCGGCUUACAGGCCGCCAUGAAACUGGUCACAUCAGCCAGUUCAGCUCUGGUGUUGCCAACCGCGGAGCUUCCAUCCGUGUUCCUCGUCAUGUUGCCGCUCAGGGAUAUGGCUAUCUCGAAGACAGGCGACCUGCUUCCAAUAUUGACCCCUACCGUGUCACUAGUAUCAUUGUUGAGACAACUGUCCUUGACAAGUAGAUAUUAUGAGGGUAGACUUAAAGUAGAAGACUUGUACGGAAAAUGUUAUGCCUCGUGUCGUGUUGUACUCUCG